CGUGGUUUCAUUCGUAUUUUAGGUGGUAGGACCUAGCGGAUCCGUAAUACGCUCGUGCCAGAGAUCAGCCAAGUCCUCCGUAUCUUCCUGAUCAAAUGACGAGAUGCCGGCUGCUCUAUUUGCUUCUAUUAGCGGCCCUAAUGAUAAGCACAGAGGCGGCGAAGGGCGGCGGUGGUAGAGGGAGAGGCCGCGGCCGAGGAAGACUGUUCGGCUCGCGAAUGCACAUCCUGAUACCUAAUCGAAAUCCUGCGAGUACGCACUAUUAUGAGAACAAGGAUGGUGCCAAGAUCGUGAAGGCAUCCCACUUCGAGCUGGACUACAUGCUGGGCAGAAAGAUUACGUUCUUCUGCAUGGCGAUCGGUGUCCCAAGACCGGAGAUCACCUGGUUGAAAGACGGGAUCGAGCUGUACCAUCAUAAAUUCUUUCAGGUGCACGAGUGGCCUGUUGGUAAUGACACGAUAAAGUCGAAAAUGGAGAUCGAUCCUGCGACGCAGAAGGACGCCGGAUAUUACGAGUGCCAGGCGGACAAUCAGUAUGCCGUCGAUCGCAGAGGCUUUAGAACGGAUUACGUCAUGAUCUCGUAUUGAACGUUUUCCCUGAUGGAUAGCUCUGCGAUUGCCAUAGUAUUAGAACAACUAAUAUCCUGUGUGAAAAUAGAUAUAGACAGUUUGUUAUUGAUUUGUUACAUGAUAGAUUUUUAUUUGAUAAGCAGUUAGUUUAGUUUAUAUACUUGAUAAAGCUCUG